GAUCAACAUAUUGUCCGAUCGCCUCAGAUUCUCGUCCCCGUUAUGAACUCCGUGACCAUGCACGAAGCGUUGAGCAAGGAUCCGGGCAAUGUGGUCGAGCAACUCACGAAGCUCCUGGGAAAUCUCGGCGGAAAUUUUUCUGUGGCGAAGGUUGAGAAAGAUUUAGCGGUAAUGGACCGGAUUCCAGCUGCAGUUCAAGAGGAGUGGGAAGUUUUCGUCAAGCUUUCAAUGACCUCCUGGACUUCUUCGAUGGUCCUUGGACAGGACCGAGGGCCGGGUAGAGGUUCUGACUGCCGGGAUAGAUCGACAGCCACUGUUAUGUUCAAGGUCGGUUCACAGUCCAGGUCAGUGAGAUUUGCCAUGAAUGAGCUCUGUCAAUAUUUGGUCAGUGACUCAUAUGGGGCUGUUCACACCGUGCGGAUGGCACGGGACGCCUACAAUUCGAGGCAUUGCAUGCACGUCGUUCUCAGUGUUCCGUCCACAGGCGGCGAACUCUGGCUCGGCGGUAUUGCGGCCUCGGGCCAGGUCAGUGUCCUCCAUGAAAACGGAAUAUCAGCAGUGUUGGCUGCGGCGGCGAAACCACCGGUGGCCAUGGAUCCGAACGUCAAGUUUCUCGGAUGCCUGGACGGCACCGGGGUCACGACUGGCACGGUUAGCCUCACAGAAGUGCUGAAGACGUUCCGCGACAUAGUGCGGAUACUGAGCGGCGGCGGCAAGGUUCUGAUAUCUUGCAAAAAUGGCGCUCACAGGAGCAGUUUGCUAGUGGCACUCUUCCUGAUGUUCACAUGUGGAGUCUCGGCGGACGAGGCGGCCGACUACUUGAGCAUCGUGAGGAAUAUAGUGGAUCUGGCAAGCUAUCCGCCGAGGCCCAAGUCAGGAUCUUCGCGGCCAGCGGGGCCAAUGCCUUUGGCAUGGUUGCGUGAAGUGGAGACAGAGGUCUUGGACCAUGGGCGUGCGCUUUACAGUGGUUGGCCGUUUCAGCUGAACAAGGUCGAGCAGUAUCCAAUCUAUGGUUCGACAGCGAAAUCGAAGCCAGCUCCGAAGGCCAUGCCCACGAACAAGAAGGCUAGAUCAGGCAGCGGCAGAAGUGCAAAUUUGGAAGUCUGUGCACGGAAGCGGCGAAUGACCGAGAGUGCGGUCUCCAAAGACCAGGCGUCCUGGUGCAAUGUGUGUUCAGACAUAGAAUGCACGGAGAUUGAGACCUCGGGCAAUGAACACUCCGAAGUCGCCUCGGCCUCUGAUUGGGAAAAGGCAUCGCUUUCCAAGUUCUCGGCUACUUCUCGAGGUGGGCCUCCGGCCGCGGCACCGCAUGCAUCACUUGCAUCAGUGCCAGAGGGGGCAAGCAAGAUCGAUCAAGAUGAUGAAUCCGGCAGUGGGGCUGCGGCUGUCCAGCAAUCAGAAGAAGACGACGAACCCGAACAGACCGACGACAAGGUCGAGACUGAUCCCGAUCCCGAUGCGGCUGAUGCGGCCGCGAGCCAGGAAUGGAAGCCGACCAAGUCCAUGGAAGAAGCAGUCAUGGGUCCAGAUUCCGAUGAGGUCAGGGCCGGCCAUCUGGCCAAACUGCGUGAGAUGGUCUCGACCUUGAAUGACCUCGACUCUCGCAUCAAGGACACGCUCGGGACUCCGCAGCAGAGCCCACGAGCAUCAUCUGCGGCCUCAGGCCAGGUCCCUGUUCACGAAACUUAUGAAAGGGACCAGAUUCCAGAUUGGGCUGCAGAUGAUGAAGAAGAGGAGGAGGAGGAGGAGUUGGCCAGGCCCACGGAAUUGCCCGUGGCUUCUGAAGGCGACUCUCAUCCCCCAGCCGGGCCUGUUGCAUCCGAAGAGGUCACCCGACUUCUCGACUUGAUGUCCGAGCAACAAAAUUUCUUGCAAAAGCUUCUGGAUGAGACCGCAGCGAGGCAAGCAGAAGCAGACCAGCAGCGUAUGGUGGAUUCACUCUUGGAGACGAUCAUGAGUGGCGACCAAGCGGAGUCUCUCCGGGUUAUUGCCACGCUUCGUCCCCAAGAUUUGCGGGAUUCCAGAGACCUCGCAGGCAUGACCUGCUUGCAUCAUGCUGUUCGUGUCGGUGAUCAACAAGUCAUCUUUCAGCUCCUGCAGAAGGUGCCCGAGUUGGCGAAUGUACCGAGUAGCAUUAGACGCAAUCCUCCCGGAUGGACCCCGCUCAUGCUGAUUGCUGACAAGGCUCCGGCUGAGACCGAUCAAUAUGUGGUGGGCCUACUUUGUGCAAGCAUGACAGCCGAGGCAUUCAACAACCGCUCAGGCACCUAUGCUACGGCGACUCAUCUGGCGGUUGCCCGUGGGAAUCUCCCGAUGGUGAAGAAGAUCCUAUGGAGGAUGAAUGACCUCGGCGGAAGGAAUCUCGUGGUGUCCCACCUGAAGAUGCAGAAUCAGAUGGCCAGGAACUGA